AUGGCUCCCCAGGAAUUGACAGCUCUCCCUCCCCGCUCUGUUUUGGCUGAACAGAUUGAGAACUGGAAAAGGAACUACGAUAGACAUCCAAAUCCAAGGGAAUAUCAAUUUUAUGCGAUUCAAGUGGAUGUGAACUGUGCCCACAAGUAUGACAAUAGAUUUGUUUCGUUCAUUGAACAGCUCAACGGAAAAGGGAUCUCGGUCAAUGACCUACUGGAUCAUUCUAAAUUGCUGAAUGAGCGGGCACAACAUCUGAGCACCCUCUACUCUCUACUACGGAAUGGAUAUAGGCGUAACGCUCUAGGAGCCCCAUCAUCAAAGAUUAUUGUUUGCUUAGACGAAGCCCGUUUAUUGUUAGACAAUAACGACUCAUCGCUUUUACGUGCUUUCAGACAUGCCUUGAGGGAAUUAUUUGAUGAUUAUAGACAUUUGUUUGGCGUUUUAUUGGACACAGCAUCGAGAAUUAGCAAUUUCUCGUCUUCGGUACUACAAGACCCCAGCAUGAAGGAAAAACCAUCGCCGGAUUACAUUGGUAAAUUUUUUCCGCCUAUUUUCGCUCUGAACACAUUCGAUGUGUGGGUCUAUAAGGGCUACACUGGCCUUGAUUUUACAAGCUCCAAUCAAGCACGACAACAGCUUUUCUCCCUCGGCCGGCCUCUGUGGGCAGCUUUCUUUGAGGCUGGAGAGAAUUUAAACAGUGUUUUGAGCCUAGAAAAAGCCAAGAUAUCACAAGCCCCUUGCUUCACGCUUCUUUCGUACUGUGUAAGCUUUCUGAUUACCGACCAAUCCAUGGGCGAGGCAUACGUCGCCGAGCAUAUCAGGUAUACUAUAUCAAUCAACAAGGACCGAACAUUCGCCCAAACAAUACAGCCUAGUGAGCCUGUUUUGGCCACGCCGCCCUGCAGCUUCUCUCGCACAGGCCAAGACUGCUAG